AUGAGUGCCAGGUCACAGAGGUCUUGGAUUGACGACACCUUCUGCAAGAGAGAGUGUAUUAAAUUCAUCCCAGCAUGUGGAGACAUACACAGGUGCACUGGAAUUGGGACUGUGUGUCAAGUAUGCCAAAACCUAAUAAGAUAUGAAUGCUGCUGCGGACGUCGGGUAGGGGAGCACACCUGGCUGGAGACUGGCCCCUUCAUGUCCCACUGGCCUGUGCCCCAGGCAGUGCAAGAAGAGAGGUGGUCAGUGGAGUGUCACACACAAGCCAGUGCCACCGAUGCCUACGGAACCAUUGACUUCCAGGACAGCGCUGACCGUAACUGCCAUGCCAAGUACGUUCGUGUUGCUGUCGACACAAAGGCUGAGGCUCUGCUGCAGCUGAUGCUGAGGGAGUGGCAGAUGGAACGGCCUAAACUACUGCUGACGGUCCACGGGGGAGCAGAGAACUUCCCUCUCCCCCUCAAGGUUAGACAGGCCUUCAGCAAAGGCCUGAUAACUGCAGCCCAGAGCACUGGAGCCUGGAUAUUCACAGACGGCAUCAACACAGGUGUGUCCCUGUAUGUAGGGGAGGCUGUGAAAGCAUACGGCACCAAUGGCCGCAGGAAGAGGAACGCUGUAGGAGUCACGCCCUGGGGCGUAAUUGACAACCACGGUGACCUUAUAGGGAGAGAUGUGCUCAGGCCUUACCAGCCCCUGAGAAGCCCCUUGAGCAAAACUGUGUGUUUGAACAGCCUGCACUCCCACUUCCUGUUAGUGGACGAUGGAACUCUGGGGAAACAUGCCUGCCAGCUGGGACUCAGGAGGAAGCUGGAGAGACACAUUCAACUGCAGAAGAUCCAUCCUAGGGUUAACCAGGGUGUGCCAGUGGUGUGUGUGGUGGUGGAGGGCGGCCCUGACAUUGUGUCCAUGGUGUUGGACUAUGUGAGCAGUGUGCCCCCCGUGCCUGUGUUCGUCUUCGAGGGAUCAGGCCGGUCGGCUGACUUGCUGGCAUUCUUACACAAACAGACCGCAAUGGAUAGGCAACUGGACACAGACAUCAAGGAGGACUUCCUUCUAAGGAUAGGAGGCAUGUUUGGUCUGGAGAGAGCAGACGUCAACCAGCUCUACAACCUUCUGAUGGAGUGUAUGGACUACAGACAGUCUAUCACAAUCUUCGACUCGGAAUCCGAAGAUCAACAGGAGGCAGACUGCGCCAUUUUGAUGGCCACACUGAAAGGUACCAAGUCAUCUCCAGCGGAGCAGCUCGGUACAGCUCUGGCUUGGGACAGAGCAGACGUGGCUAACAAACACAUCCAAGUGUACGGCCAGUACUGGCAGGUUGGCUCGUUGGAGCAGGCCAUGCUGGAUGCUCUCAUCAUGGACCGGGUUGGCUUUGUCAAACUGUUGAUCGACAACGGCAUGUCCAUGAACCGCUUCCUGACCGUUUCACGUCUGGAAGAGCUCUAUAACACGCAACAGGGACCAACAGACAAUUUCCUCCAUCACCUUGUGGAAGAUGUGAAACAGAACCAUAUACCCAAAGGAUACAGAGUCUCCCUCAUAGACGUGGGGCAGGUGAUUGAGUAUCUGAUAGGAGGAGCCUAUCGGAGCACAUACACACGGAAACACUUCCGGGCCUACUAUAACCACUUACAUGCCCACUGCAUGGACACUGGACUGGACAGGAUAGUUCAGGACCCCGGUCCAAACGGGGAAGCCUGCACCCUUCACCCACCCCAAAGCCCUAACAACAGUCCGUCAUGCAAACCUGUCUUCCACACUGCUCAGCCCUACAAACGCAAGGAGAGAUCCAUGGUCCCCAGGGACCCGAAGGAAGCCCAGCAGCAGAGCUCCAAGCUGGGCGACUCUUCUCUGGUAGUGUUCAACUUCAACGACCUGUUUGUGUGGGCCGUGCUGCAGAGGCGCCAGCAGAUGGCGCUGUUCCUGUGGCAGCAUGGGGAGGAGGCCAUGGUCCGGGCUACUGUGGCUUGUAAGCUGUACCGCGCCAUGGCCCACGAGGCUAAGCAAAGCAACAUGGAUGACACCACAGUGGAGCAACUCAAAACCUACUCGCUGGACUUUGGUCAACUGGCUGUAGACGUGCUGGACAAUGCCUUCAGGCAGAACGAGCGCAUGGCCAUGAAGUUGCUGACCUCGGAGAUGGAGGCCUGGAGCCACUUCACCUGCCUGCAGAUGGCCGUGUCCUCCCGGCUCCGCCCCUUCGUCUCCCACUCCUGCACCCAGAUGCUGCUCACCGACCUGUGGACCGGCCGCCUCAACAUGAGGAAGAACUCCUGGUUCAAAAUCAUCCUGAGCAUCCUCAUGCCCCCUGCCAUCCUGCUACUAGACUUUAAGAGCCAGGCGGAUAUGUCCCAUGUGCCCCAGUCCCAGGAGGCUUUGCAGUUUAUUUGGGACACGGGGAGACCAGAGGCAGCCCAGGAGGAGGGGCAUACAGUAACUAAGGUGCCAAAAUGUACACCGUUCACCAGUCUCUCUGAAUUUCAGACCUCCGACCCCGAAGCUGACACAGUCAUACCCGUUACCACCCCGUGUCUCUUCUGGACCAGGAGGCUGUACGAGUUCUACAACACUCCGGUAGUCAAGUUCAUGUUCCACACGAUGUCUUACCUGGCCUUUCUCAUGCUGUUCUCCUACACUGUUCUGGUGAAGAUGGAGGACCGGCCCAGCACUCAGGAGUGGCUGGUCAUUGUCUAUAUUGUAUCCACCGCGGUGGAGAAAAUAAGAGAGGUGUUCAUGUCAGAGCCGAGGAAGCCCAGUCAGAAGCUGAAGGUGUGGUUCGGAGAGUACUGGAACGUGUCUGACUUCCUGGCCAUCCUCCUCUUCCUGGUGGGGCUGGCACUGCGCUGGCACAGCGGGUCCUACCGGACGGCAGGGCGGAUCACCUACUGCCUGGACAUCAUCUUCUGGUAUGUCCGGAUGCUGGACCUGCUAGCGGUCAACCAGCACGCUGGACACUACCUCACCAUGAUCACCAAGAUGACCAGUAACAUGUUUUACAUUGUGGUCAUGAUGGCCAUCGUGCUGCUGAGUUUCGGGGUGUCCAGGAAGGCCAUCUUGUCUCCAGACGAAGCUCCGUCAUGGAGCCUGCUCAGAGAUGUGGUCAACCAGCCGUACUGGAUGAUGUUUGGAGAAGGAUACCCCGAUGAAAUAGAUGCCUGUGCAGAAGGCAAGCCGUGUGCCCCCGGGGCUUUCCUCCACCCUUUCCUCCAGGCCGUCUACCUCUUCUUCCAGUACCUCAUCAUGGUCAACGUCCUCCUUGCCCUUCUCAACAAUGUCUACUUUAAAAUGAAGUCCACGUCCAAAAAGCUGUGGAUGUACAACCGUUACCGUUACAUUAUGACCUAUCAGGAGAAGCCGUGGCUGCCCCCGCCCCUCGUCAGCCUGAGUCACGUGACCCUGUGUGUGACCGCCAUUUACCGGAAACACAGGGGCUUGUCUGAGAAGGAGAGGGACUCCUGUCGGCUUAAGCUUUACCUCGGCCGAGAGGAGCUGAAGAGGCUUCAUGAGUUUGAGGAUAGGUGUGUGAUAGCGUAUUUCCACAAGAAAAAACAAGAUGUUCUCUGCAGCCAGAUCCACAGGAUCCGAGCCACUGCAGAAAGGGCUGAGGAGAUGGGUGUAGUUAUUGGUGAGGUGUCUGAAAGGGUCCAUUUCAUCCAGGACAGCCUGCAGGUGCUGGACAGCCAGCUGGGCCAGCUGCAGGUCCUGUCUGCCCUGGCCGUGGACACCCUCACCCUACUGUCGGCCUCUGACAGCCUGCAGCAGAAGGAAGCCCACCUGGGACACUGCCGGCCAAUUGCCCACUCCCAUCACCACUCACCCAACAGCUGUACCCUCCCCCACAUUGACAUCACGCCCUGCCACACACCCAAGGCCUACCACAGCACCCCACCCUCCCUGCUGUGGGGCCUCACCUCCCUCAGCCACCGUCCGCCACUGGAGUGGCACCCGGGAACAUGGGGGGACGGUGGCCGUGAGGGGUGGGGGGCUGGGGAGACAAAAGAGGAAGAGGAGGUACAGAGUAUCAUGGUGCAUCAUGGUGGCGAGGUAUGGCCGGUUGGUUUUGGCUUUGGCCCGCAUGACUCUCUCCAUCACCUGGGCGGUGCAGGGCUCAUAGACAAGACCCCCUGUGAGUCGUGCGGGCCUUCCCACUGUGGCUCUCCCCUGCACCCCUGGACCUGGGCUGUAGAGGGUUCUCUGGAACCCCCCCACUGCAAACCCUGGGCCUACUACGACCCUGAGAUGUCCAUGGAGGAGGACAAAGAGGGGGAGGUUGGGCAGCCCUUUAAUGUGGAUGUGUCGAGGGCCUCUAGCCAUGACUUUCUGUUGUUGGACCCCCAGGACGAGAGAGGCUGUGGGGCCAUGGGUUUGGUGAACCCUUCCUUCUGUAAGGAUGACGACCCUGGGUCAGCUAGCUCCAGACUGGGCCAGUGGGGCAGGAAGUGUCCUCAUCGGUGGACAUGUCUGUCCAGGGACCAGCCGCAUAGACACAGGCGCUCUCCUUCCUCUAGCAUGGAGAACAUGGCUCUAUCUAAUCCCUCCCUGAGGCCAUUACAAGCCUCUUUCCCCGCCCUCGACUGCCUAUCAGGGGAGCGGAGCUUCACAGCUGACAUACCCCUUGGCUGCAGUAAAAGCAGAGAGUGGUCCAAGUCGUCUGACCUGGCGAUGACCUCAGGGAGCAGAGAGAGGUGUCAGGCCAGGAGAACAGUCAAGAUUUUGGAGGGGAGUUCUUCAGAUGCUGUGGACUCUUACCUUUCUGACGUGUGCAGGAAGAGGAGGCGCAGGGGAGGAGAGCCUGUGUGCUGGUCUGCAUCUGCUAGCCUCAACAAGUUCAAUUUGGAACCCCUGGAUACUUUGCAGAAAGAGCAUUUUUCACAUCAGGAUUCUAGUCAGUCCGUGUGGACCAGCUGGGCCCGCUCUGUCAGCCGCAGGUCCUCAGUGCAGGGUGGGAUCACACCUGAAGACCUGGACCCACACUACUCAGCCAUGGAAAAGAACAACCUGAUGAGGCUUGCUCACACCAUACCUUUCACACCUGGCUCCAUAAUGGCGGGAGAGGAGGUGAGUGUCUACUCCCUGGAGGAGGUAGAAGCUGCAGGUGCGGAGUCCUCCAUAAUCUCCUGGUCGCCCCGGGGGCUGUCUGCAGUGCUGCAGCCGCUGUCCAGCGAGGGCUGUCUAGAUGGGGCCCUGCGCAGGGCCAUGCGCGUGUUGUGUACCUGGGCCGAGGGGGACAUCCUGAGUGUGGGCUGUGUGUACGUGGUCAAAGCCUUCCAGCCCAAGGUGAUCCGAACCUGGCAGAGGGUCUUCCACAGCGACACCCCCCUCCAACUCUGUCUGCGGGAGAUACAGCAACAGAGAGCUGCUCAGAAACUCAUGCACGUGUUCAACCAAGUCAAACCAGAAAACGUGCCCCUUUCUCCCAGGUUCCUGGAUGUGUCUCUUCUUCACUGUCACUCAGACGGAAAGUGGUUGACCAUAGAGAGGAACAUGUUGGGUGACUUCAGGAAGUACAACAAUAACACCGGAGAGGAGAUCACCCCCUGCUGUGGAAUGGAGGAAACGCUCCUGGCCUUCUCCCACUGGACCUACCAAUACUCCUGUAGAGAACUACUGGUGCUGGACAUACAGGGAGUGGGGUCGGAGCUUACAGACCCAUCGGUCAUCCGAGCGGACGACAAAAGCUUGACUGGUGACAUGGUGUUUGGUCCUGCUAACCUGGGAGACACUGCCAUCCAGAACUUUGUCCUCAAACACACCUGCAACUCCUGCUGCAAGAACCUCGGACUCUCGGAUUUGAAGAGGAGCACAGACAGCUGCGGGAAAACAGAACACAGAUCUUCUGAAGAGGAAAGUGGAGUGAUCGUGACCAGAGUGUAACCUCUGACUUGAAAGCAGAAGUCCGCCAUCCUAACCUCUGGUUCAGGUGGGAUGAAGUUGCCAUUAAAGCAUAAAGACACUGAUCAGUUCAGUUUCUUUCUCACGAAAUGGUUAUGGAUAGGAAUAGGGAAGGCUUACUUGAUCCAGACGUGUGCUUAAGGGAAACUUCUACCAUGAAUAAAAGCACUCACUUGGGGCUUUGAAUGGAUAGUGUACAUUGUAUAACGUCAUGUGGACUACCUCUUGUGUUAGAUGGCUGGUAGGGCUUUGGUUUUAAAAAGGAUUAACAUUGCAUUAGUCUCAACAGCAAGCCAGAUGCCGUAGUCUUGCAUUCGUUCCAGCUAUGGCGUGCAUAGUGGAGGGAGGCCAAGGCGAAUACAUUUCAUGUACAUACACUCCCCGCCGUAUUUAUUUGGACAGUGAAGUGAAAUUUGGCUCGAUACUCCAGCAUUUUGGAUUUGAGA